GUGUAUGUGGCUUGUCAGUCGAUGCUUAUUGUCCUUGUGGGAGCUGUGCCUGAGUACCACAUAGACCAAGAAGGAAUUCCAGCGAGCAGAGCUGAGCUUUCCAAGCAUGUCCAUUUUGCCAGCAACUUCACAUCUGUUGUGACUGAGUGGUACCUAAUUGGACAAGAAUCCUACAAAGUAAGCCUUGCAUCAUCCCUAUUUUUUGCUGGAUUGCUUCUUGGAAAUAUCACAUUUGGCCCUUUGUCAGAUAAACUGGGUAGGAAACCAGUGUAUAUCUCGGGUCUGUUUUUUGAUGUCAUUUUUGGGUAUGUCACAGCCUUAGCUCCAAGUUAUGACGUAUUUGCAGUUUCACGUUUUUUGGUUGGAAUUGUGAAUGGUGGAAUGGCUCUUGUGUCUUUUGUCCUAACGCAAGAAUAUGUAGGAAAAUCAUUUUGGUCAUUUACAGGUUCGUUAACUAACUUGACCUUUGCAGUUGGCAUUGCUGUUUAUGCUUUGCUGGGUUACUGUGUCAGAGAGUGGCGCUACCUUGCCUUCCUAUCCAAUACUCCAGGAGUCUUCUUCCUCCUCCUUUCUUUUAUGCUCCCAGAAUCUCCACGGUGGCUGUAUUCCCAAGGGAGAACGGCAGAAGCUGAAGAUGUGUUGCAAUAUAUUGCCCUUGGUAAUGGAAAAGAGAGAUUAAAUCUAAAAUUAAAACCAAGUGCAGGAACUUUGAGAAAGAAUGAAUCAGCACCUGGUGUUCUAAAUUUAGUGACACACCCGGUCCUGCGGUGGCGAACCAUCCUUCUCAUGUACAUCUGGUAUGUCUGCAGCUUUGUGUACUAUGGACUAACUUUAAAUGCUGGUGAAUUAAGAGGAAAUCUGUAUUUAAAUGUGGCUCUUUCUGGUCUUGUAGAAGUUCCAGCGUUUCCUCUCUGCAUGUUUUUUAUUGAGAAAUCCUGGUCUGGAAGACGUAAAACUAUGGCAUGUUUUCUGAUACUUGCAGGAUUUGCCUGCAUGUUUACCAUGCUUUUACCAAUGAAUGCUGGUCUCCUCCUUGGUUCCACUUCAUUAGCUCUGUGUGGAAAAAUGAUGGUCAGUGCUGCUUUCAAUAUCCUGUAUAUUUAUACAUCUGAGCUGUACCCAACAGUACUGAGAAACGCUGGCCUUGGUGUCUGCACCAUGUCUUGCAGAUCUGGGGGCAUUUUGGCUCCGUUUGUGCCAUCCAUGAAAUCUCUUAGUCCUUCUGCACCGUUGGUGCUGUUUGGGAUCAGUGGACUGUCAGCAGGAUUCCUGACUCUCCUCCUGCCAGAAACACUAAACAAGCCAAUUGCUGAGAGCAUCGAAGAUCUCCAGAGUCCCAGAUACCAAGUGCUUCAAAACGUAGAGGCAGAGUAA